AUGGUUGCUGACGAAAACGAAGAAUCACUUUAUCCAAUUGCUAUUCUUAUUGAUGAACUAAAGAAUGAAGACGUACAAUUACGUUUAAAUUCUAUAAAACGAUUAGGAACAAUUGCUAAUGCUCUUGGCGCGGAUAGAACACGUUAUGAAUUAAUACCAUUCCUCAACGAAUCAUGUAUUGAUGAUGAAGAUGAAGUUCUUCUUGCUCUUGCCGAAGAGUUAGGUAAUUUUGUACAAUAUGUUGGUGGUGCAGAACAUGCUCAUUGUCUGAUUUUACCACUCGAAACAUUAUGUAAUGUUGAGGAAAAUUCUGUUAGAGAAAAGGCUGUAAAAUCUCUCUGCAAGAUUGCCAAUGAAAUGAAGGCUUUGCAACAUACUGAACAAUACAUUUUACCACUAGUUAGAAAGUUAUCUUCCGGAGAUUGGUUUACAAGUAGAUCGUCAUCAUGUGGCUUAUUCUCAGUUUUAUAUUCUGUUGUUGGUAAAGAUAUUAGAGCUGAACUGAGACAAACUUAUGCCAAAUUGUGCAAAGAUGAAACACCAAUGGUUAGAAGAGCUGCUUGUACAAAUUUAGGUGAUUUUGCUGCUAAAGUUGAAAAGGAAUUUAUUGUUAGUGAAAUGGUACCAAUGUUUCUUAACUUACAUCAAGAUGAUCAAGAUUCUGUACGAUUGUUGACUGUUGAAAAUUGUGUUGCAUUCUCAAAGUUACUUUCACCAAAAGAAGCUGUUACACAUAUUCUUCCAGCAAUUAAGAGUUGUUGUACUGAUAAAUCAUGGAGAGUAAGAUAUAUGGCCGCUGAUCACUUUAAAUCUAUUUGUGAAGGAAUGGGUCAAGAAAUUUUAACAAAUGAAUUGUUACACUCUUACGUGAAAUUAUGCACAGACUCUGAAGCUGAAGUUAGAACAGCUGCUUCUUUGAGAGUUGCUGAUGUUUGUUCUUUGGUUCCAAAAGAAUUGAUUGUUUCAGAAGUUUUACCAAGUAUUAAGAAUUUAGUUUCAGACAAAUCUGAACAUGUACGAUCUGCUUUGGCAUCUGAAAUUAUGGGAUUGGCUCCAAUUUUAGGAAGAGAACAUACUAUUGAUGCUCUUUUACCUUUAUUUUUACAAUUAUUGAAGGAUGAAUCACCAGAAGUUCGUUUAAAUAUUAUUUCUAGAUUGGAAUCUGUUAAUGAUGUUAUUGGUGUUGAUUUAUUGGCACAAUCACUUUUACCAGCUAUUGUGGAAUUAGCAGAAGAUAAACAAUGGAGAGUUAGAGCUGCUAUUAUUGAACAUAUUCCAUUGUUAUCAAGUCAAUUAGGUGUUAAAUUCUUCAAUGAAAGGUUGAACGAUUUGUGUAUGACAUGGUUAUCAGACUCUGUUUAUUCAAUUCGUGAAGCUGCUACAAAUAACUUGAAGAAAUUGACUGAAACUUUUGGUCCUGCUUGGGCUGUUGAACAUUUAUUACCAAAAGUUGUUGAAAUGUCAAAGGAUUCUAAUUAUUUAUAUAGAAUGACAACACUUUUUGCUAUUGGUGUUUUGUCUCAAGUUAUGACAGAAGAAAAUAUUGCAUCUCAUUUACUUGAUGUAGUUAUUGAAAUGUCAAAAGAUCCUGUACCAAAUAUUCGUUUCAAUGUUGCUAAGACUUUGGGCAUAAUUAUUCCACGUGUUGAAGCUAAGAUUGUCCAAGAAAGAAUCAAACCAGUUUUGCAAAUUCUCCAUGAUGAUAAUGAUCCAGAUGUGAAAUUCUUUGCUGAUGAAGCUUUGCUUUCUUGUUAA